UGGGCUCGCGUACGCUGUCAGUCGUGUGCCGAGAACUCGUGCAGUGCGGUGUGCUCGUGUAGAGGGAACCUACCUAUCGCUCAGACUCAGCCUAUUGCACACCAACCGCCCCGUCUGUCCUGCCAGGUUUGCCAGGUGUGCCGGGACAGGAAACCAUUCUCUAGACCGCGCGUAGAGAGUGCAACCUGGCGAAAGAUAUGUGUGUAUGUGUGUGUGUGUGCGUCUCGUAAAGUAUGCUGAGUAGUAGCUGACGCUGCUGCAACACUAGCCCUAUACCGAGUGCCUUUGCGUGUGCGGUGGUGGCGUGUUAUCAUCCUCCACAGAAGUUCCUAAGCGUAGCAGGGUGAGCAGCAAGUUCCCGAUCGAUGUCGAAUUUCCGAUAGCAUUCCUGCCUCAAGCACUCCCUCCCCCCCUAUACUACCCGCUUUUUUCCGGGAUUAUUGUGUAUGAUUACUCGGUGUGUGUGUGUGUGUGCGGCUGGCUGCGGAGGUCAUCCAGUGUGAGUUGCUGAUGAUCGAAAGCGAAAGUGUCAAAUCCGCCGCCGAGAGAUGUACGUAGGAGAAUCGUCGGGUUCUAGGUUUGUACGAGCAUGAGCGAUAGAGAGAGGGAGAGAGAGAGAGCGUUGUAGAAGUUCGUAAAGCGUGUGUGAGAGAAAGAGCACGAACACGAGCGAUAGAUACUGACAUCGGGACACAUUACCGUUGGUGAGCAAAAGGAACCUUUCCUUAAACCAGGUCUGGAGGAAGAUGUCGUUUGGAAGUCUUUGAAGAAACCAUCACCAGGCCUGGCAGCGGUCGAUUCGAGAGCCCGAGAACGAUGGGGGCACGAUAUUUUACUCUGAGUGGAUAUCCGGAAAAUUGAAGCGUGAAUUCUAAGUCUAUUACACCCGUGCUGUGAAGGGCUUUACUUGGUGCGGCGUAUCCUGCUCCAAUGUGUGUCAGCUGUGAGUUUGCUGUCUAGUGUGUGCAAUUCUCCUUGCUCCAGGAAGCGUGUGUGUGAGUAGGUGCGCAAUUCCUGCGUAGGGAUUACUUUGUAAGAAUUGGAAAGGAUCGACCAGCAAUAGUAGCAAACCGUGCUCUCUAGUGUAUAUUUGGUGAUGAUGGACAAAGAAAAAGAGAAUGCUAGAGAAUAGCACGGUACUACUACUACUGCUACACACACACUCCCGAGAAUCACCUUCCCGUGUUGCUCGCGGUACAGGAAAAUCGAAGAGCGUGUUUGGUGACUGGUGAGCGUGCAGUGAGAACAAACUCCUACUAUUCUUUGUUGUUUGCCGAAGGUGACUUUGGAAGUGUCGAGUGGUCUGUGCCUGUGUGUGUUUGUGAGUGUGUGUGUGUAUAGCACACAUAUACACAUACCGGUGUUUUACUAGAGCGCUCCAUCCAGCCUUCCGGCCCCGAAACUACUUGCUCCAGAGGGGGGAGGCCGAAGCAAAUCUGUGGUUGCAAAAUGCCUGGCCUGUUCCCAUCGCGGAGGAUUGACGGUCACGACUCGGGCACCGAGUCGGACGGUGACCUGGAGCAGGAAGACGACCUGAUACAGGAGCACGAAAUGGAGCUAAGUUUAAGUUCCCGGCAGGACACGGUUUCGCCGACCGAUACGGCCUGCUCGUCCGAAUCGCCCGCCUUUCUCGGGCCGCCCUCCUCCUCCUCCCACCUGCUGGCGUACGAUCAGAAUAGCUCGGAGGAGGAGUUGGAGGUGAUCAAUGGAGGUGGCGGGUCCGGGGGCUGCGAUCUCGUCGAGGUGGGCAGCGUGAGCGGUGUGCCGAGCCGGUUGAGCGGACUGCCCAUUCUGAGUAACCCUCACACGGACGAGGAGACUGAGGAGGAGGAAGAGGAGGAAGAAGAGGAAGAAGAUGAUGUGACCGAAGGUAUCGUGGACGAGGUCGAGGAGGAGGAUUACGUGGCGACACCUGGAGCAGCACCGGUGGGAACAACGGCAGCAGCGACAAUCAGCGAAAGUACGGCGGGCCAGUGCGGUGGCCCCGGCGCCAUGGAUACGAGCGGCAGUAUUGUGCGGGGCCGGGAGUUCAUGGUGAUCGGGCCGUGCGGCGCUGACGAGGACGACGGUGAGGCGGAGCCGCUGGACGAUUUUGCCGAGGAGCUGUCGAGUCUGACGGCGAUCCCCCAGACGACGGUGGCGGCGGCGACGACAGUGGUGCCGCUUGCAUCGGCACCGUUAGCGACCAAACUGAUCUCAUCGGCGGCGACCGCCGGCAAGCGGUUGGGAAGUGUGAGCAGCUUGCUGGAGAAGCGCAAACGUUCCCUGGCGCACAAUUCGGAUGAUGAGGUACGCUAUCUGCUGGAACAGCAACAACCACCGAACCAGCAGCAGCAGCAGCAACUACCGACCCAUCAUCAUCAUCAUCCACUCGCGCAUCAAUAUCAUCAUACGUUGCGCCACCAUCACCACCACCACCACCACCUGCAGCACCAACAGCAGCAGGAGGAGCUCCAGCCGGAGGAGGCGGCGCCCCUGUCGGCGCCGGUCAACUUCCGCACAUCGCCACCACUAGAAGCUUUAAAACCACACCGUGGCCAUAUACUGCAGCGCUCGACGACCCCGCUAGUGCUGGGCGAGGGGUGCGGUGCGGCCGGUGUUGCUCCGACCGCACCGAGCGGGCUUCGGCCCUCGUCCGGGUCGUCGCUGUCGUCGCUCGGCGGUGGCACCACCGGCAUUAGCGGUUUCUACGGCACCGGUAGCAACAGUAGCUGCAGCGGUAGCAACACUAGUACGACCGUAGGAAGUUGUGUUGGUGGUGGUGGUGGUGCCGGUGGCCUUCGUUUCGGCCUCGGCCGACGCCCCAUUGGCUGUGAUAGUCCAUUGACUGCGGUGUGCCAUCGCAACAGCACCAAUCCGCCACCACACCACGGCGGUGGCACCGGCAGCCUUGGAUCCGGGCUUAGUACAACAACCACUCGAACGUCAUCAUCAUCAUCAUCGGGGGCGGCGGCGUCCCUGUCGUCGGCACCGGCUUCGCUAGUACGGCUUGGGGCGGGCAGCAGCCCGGAACCGGCCGGCGGCGGCGGCAGUAUCACCACCACCACCCCCCUAGUAACUAGUAUGGACGUGAGCCGGUCCGUUAGUCCACCGGCGAAGAUGUUCCACUGUGCCGUGUCGCCGCGCCGGCGGCAGCCCCGCCACCAGCAGCAGCGGCUGCAGCGUCCCCACAGGCCCUGCCUAGACUUUGACAAGAUGCAACAGCUCAAGGCACGCUCCGUCACCACCUGGCGGCACAGCAACGAGCACUCGGGCGAGCUGUCCGUCUUCUGCUGGUGAUGAUGAGUGAAGGACAGUCUCCGCCGGGCGUGGCCGUCAGCCGCCAGCGUUGCCGCCGCCAUCAUCCUGAUGGCGGUGGACUGUCUGUGCCGUGGGCUGUCCGUGCCACCAGCAGGAGGAGUUGUCAUGCGGAAAGCGGAACAACACGAGCGCGUGUUUGCAUCGAACCGACCCGACGUGGGGUCGGCGAUGGUUUUAUUACUGGAGGAGGACGGGCGGCGCUGUCCAAUCCUGGCUGUGGCUGUGGUGUGUUUCCUGUAGUUUCUGGCCGCCUUUAGCGACGGCAGCGAGUGACACGAUGACGACGAGUUUGCGGCACCCGCGAAGCGGCAGAAUCAGGUCGCUGCCUGUAGGGGGGCUUUUAUUUGUUAGUGAGCGUGAUAGUACAAGCGUUUCUUUGUUUCAAUUUUGUACUCGGAAAGGAGUAGCAAAAAAAGGAUUCGCUCCGUUGAUUUGUCCCCUUGGCUGCGUGCGGCUCAAACAGUUUUAGAUAUUAGUUUAGAAGGAGCAGGCCCCAAACACGGCCGGGCAAACCGUGUUCUUCUUCGACGAAUCGUCUCACACACACACACACACAGCGUGCGACAUGUGUUUGUGUGUGUGUGUAUAAGUGCACAUUAAGGGAUACUGUGUUUGUGUGUGUGUUUUGUUUGUUUGUUUUUUAAAACUAUCUUUACACUUAAUGACAUUUUCAAAGCAAUUUUGUGAUUUUAAUCGUUAGCAAUAUCGUGUAUUAAGUUUGAUCGUUUGAUAGAUGUACUUUCCAAUUUCCUCUCAGUUUGGACGUAGGUCUGUGCGCCGCUAUGAACCCUUGUUUUCCGUUCUUCCUUUUCUGCAACAGUUGUGCGGGAAGCAUCGUAAGGAACUAGCGUUACUACUGUGUGUGCGUGUUUGUUUUGUUUUAUUUUUGGAAAAGUCAAUCUGGAAACAAACUGGAUCCAAUCAAACCAGUGUACCAGUAAGGAGAUUAGGACGAUAGACACAGUGAAAGAGAGAGAGAGAGAGAGAGAGCGAGCUAGUUCUUCUCAGGGACAUACACAUACGAAACACGCACACACACACGCACGCUAAUAAAUGGCGGAAGGGUAUGCAAUUGGGCAGGACAGAGGAGCGGGCGUUUGGGAAGUGUUAGAAUUGGCAGCUGGCGCUAGGUGAAUAGUACCGAACGCUACCAAAGAACGGGCGCCGCGCAAGCAAUCCUGGCGCGGGAGGAUGGGCGAGUGAAAGAGCACCUGCUUGAAGCAAGCAAAACAAACAUAGUGCAACAUAGGACAAUAGGGCAAAACAAACAAACAAAAAUCAUCAUCCGGAGGCACACGCAACAGCGCGCAGUAGUAGCGCUGGAUAAUGCGCUAAGCGUUGCAGCUCCAUUUUUAACCGUUUUCCUUCCGCUGGUUGGGGGAAAAAGCACAUGCUAGUGUAAACAUCGAUCAGACACGACAGGGGUAGGAGCAGCCAUUCAAUUAACCACAUAAAACAUCCAUUUACAAACACAAUACACACAAAGAAGUAAAAAACAAUACCUGCCAUGGUCCAUGUUCGCGUGCGCGUAAUAAUAACAAAACCCCAAACAUACAACAAAUCCCAAACGUACUCCAACGUACGCUAGUAGAACAUCAAUCAAUAGAAAAAUAUAGAGAAACACAACACAGCAAGAAGAAAAGAAAACAGAACAAACCCCAGCGUUAGCCGUCUCAGGUGGUAAGGCGGGCGGAUCGGCACCUUUAGGCAAAACAAACCACUUACAAAACAAAAAUGUGUUCGCCGAUUCGACCCAAGCCCCGGACCACAUUGGGGACGGCAAAACUAGAGAAACUAAUAGCUAAAACCAACCUACACUCUCGCCAUCGCGCCACGUUGCCGUACGUACCGUGGGAUCGUCACCAUCAACCAUCAACCAUCUUCAUGAUCGUGUGCUGCAGCAACCAGCAGCAACACGUUGUUGUAAAUCUGUGUGCAUGUAUAAAGAAGUAUAUUAAAAUUCUACAAACAGACACUCAUUUAUUGAAAACGGCGUUACAAUAAUCCAUCUGGUAAAAAACUGGGGGAAAUAAAACAUAACACAAGCCAUAAUACUGCCGCUAAAUGUGCGAAAUCACGACCCCGACAUCACCGGUUAACUCCGUUCGUUCGUACCCGUUUGUGUGGUCAUCGUGCCGAAUAAACAGUGUUCCUUUGUACACAACUGCGAGACGAAAAGGCAAAAAACAAUUCCACAACACACCGUACACCAGGACGGUUCUUUGUGUGAGCGGAAAAACGGCUCCACGCGUCCAAUUAACCUACAGUUAUUGUUAUGUUCUAUUUCGAUUGUGGUUCCUGUUUUUUUUUUCUUGUACACGAGAGAAGGACAUAGACAUUGUGCAAAGAAAAGAGGAAGGAUGCUCGUUUAACAUCAACUACUGCCAUCCCCCUCUCCGGCCGCAGGUUCGCUAGAAGCAAAACAGUAAAGAUCGUCGUCGCCCGGCGAGAAAGUGCAUUUUAAGGUACUAAUCUUAGUCGGAAAGGGCAGGCAAGCAUCUCAUUUGAAAAGAGGAUUCCAAUUUGGAAAGAUUUGAAAAGAAAAACACGGAAAAAGGGAAACGAUACUAAGCAGACCCAGUUAGAACCAGCGACAAAACGAAAGCAGAGGGAAUAAGAAGGAUAUCAAACUAGCAUUUUACAAUUAACUAGUACGCAAAACAAUAACAAAACAUACGAACACAAAACCAUUGUAGAAGUACAUUUUUUUUUUCUACCGAAACGCGCAACAAUUAGCAUGCAAAUACGAAACUUAGAUACAGCAAAGAUAAAUUAAAAAAAGCGCACCCAACAUUGGCAGUAAGGAAGAAGCAACCAAUCCUCCCAAUUGGAAAAGGAGAACAAACACACACACAAAAAACGAUGAGAAAUGGAGACUUGUUUGGAAUUCGGUGAAACUAGCAGCGAGCGUAGCGAGCUUUAUGUUUUGUUGUAUCGUACGCCUACAUAUAUAAAUAGUGACAAAUUAAUUAAGGUAACGUGUUUAAACCAUUAUUCAACCAUUUAAGAAAUGAGGAUGAUGAAUAGUAGCGCGCAACACGUGAUGUGUGGUGGGCAGUGUGCCAAUAAUGGAAUAGGGGGCCUGGAGCAUGAUAUUGUGGCUCUGUCUGUAGUGUGUGAGUGUGGUGUGUCAUUAGUAGUGUUUAAAAUGAUGGCUUAAACAGGGAUAGGAAAGGAACGAAUCGUUUAAAAAGCUUUCAUUAAUUGUCACUUCCUCUCAUUACUUUGUAAUGCUGUUGUUUGAGCUGUUUUUUUACUUUAUUAAUGUUUAUUGAAACGAGGAAACUUAUGACCGUAAAGAAGGCUUAUUUUUCCACCCAUAAGUCACGUGAUUCUGAACAUGUGUGUGUGUUUGAUGGGCCAAUCUUUACAUCGAUGUGGCUGGGAAGUAUUCGAUUUAGCAUGCCGAUUUAAUCCCCGAUUUGGGUGGGGCUGGACAAACACACACAGUGCGUAGCGAUGGACAGGACAGGUUUUACAAAUUUGUAUCAUACGCUAAGCUAAACUAACAAAUUAAGAAAAUAAAUUUAGAUAAAAUCGACCCGGCUCGAUUGUUUGUGCAAACAGGUAGGGCAGUUUUGGAGAGAGAGAGAGAGAGAGAGAGAGAGAGAGAGCGAGAGAGAGAGAGAGAGAGAGAGAGAGCGAAAAACGAGCCUACCAAACAGGUGUGUUUUAAGGAGCAUUCUUGUGGUGAAGGGAUACAAACAGAAGAAGAGGAACAAAAAACAAAAAAAACCAUUGACUGUGCAAACACACAUACACAACACAUUUUCUCAUCCUUCUCACACUUUUGAGAGGGACAAACGAUAGAACAAACGACUUUUCUUCUACAGCGCGAAACAAACUCCCCCGCGACACUAACUAGCAUCAUCCAGGCAACAAACCGACAAAGCAAACAGAAAUUGGGGUGCACAUCAUUACACGAAGGUUAAUUAAACACUAAGAUUGUAAGUUAAGUAGCUGAACAAAACAAUUAAUUGCUGAAGCCCCAGGGAGAGUGGAGAGUUCCGACUGUUGUUCUCGGUGGGGGACUGUGUUUGUGAACAUAUUAAUCAAAUCGAAUAAUGGGCAGAACGGUGAUGAAAGACUCUCUGCACCACAAUCGCACACAUACAGACACACACACAGACAUAGAUACAACCGAAUAAAAAAACCAUAAGCAUAAGUAGUAAAGCAAAGAAAAGGACGUGAAAGUAAAGGAAGUCAUCGUGCAACACGAUCACUCUAAUCACUAGAAGGAAGCAUUAUUUGGUAGAAGCAGCGACGUUUGCAAGGAUCAGUCAUCGGUUGUUGUUUUCCUUCUUUAUUUUUUUUAUAAAAUAUUCUCCUGUAUGUUUUAGUAGUGCCCGAUACAAUUGAAGAUUGGUGAGGUUGGUUCCGGGGUUUUCACUUCUUUUUUUUUUACUACCCCCACUCAAAAAGAAGCCACCCAUUACUGUGAAUGUGAACUGAUUGAAGCGGCGCCGUACAUGGGCGAACAGUGGUAUUGAGAAAGAGGAGGAGUAUUUGGAAUACAAAAAAGGAAAAAAACAAACACGCGAAAGCUCCAUUUUAACCGUGUGCUUUUUCUCUGCACGGCAAAUGUACAUAUUAAUGAUAGCAACAACAACAACAAAAAAAAAAAACAAACAUUUGGUAAAGAUAAGGAUAGGA